UGAAAGGAAACUAGGCCAGAAAAAUGCAGCAGAUUGUUUCUAAAAGGAAGAUACAAGAGGCUUUGAUAUGGAUAUGUUCACUGCCUUGCAAAGACACAGCACUGGAGAAGCUCUUUAUCAGUGUCAAAUUAUGACAAAUGACAUUGGGGGAAAGUCACAGGGCUGCGGAAUGUUGUCGCAGCUGCAACACCUUGGAAAUUAUACAGGCCUGCAGUAUGUAAAUGAACUAAUGCCACCAGUGUUACAGUUGGCUGAGGUCACAAUCCCAUGCCUUGGUUCACCUGUCCUUCAUCAUUGCCCUGACAGGAGGACUUCUGGGAAUGUGAUGGAGGACACAUCAGCUUGAGCGACUCGCUCCUGGUACCACUGACUCACAACUGCUUUUCACCCUGCUACUUCAGAUGGCAAACCAGAUCCAAUCGUUCUUGGAGACGAGCAUAAUGGCACUGUGUAAAGAAGAGACUAUUCCGAUGACCCUGGACAUGCUGACGAGUAAAAAAGUGGAGACAAAUAAUCCUCAAGCCAGAUGCCUCCUCUCGACACUGGCAUCAGCCAUGUGCAGCCAACAUGCAUCAGACGUGGAAAAACUGCGGCAAGAACUGAAAAACGUACAGAGGGACAUGAAGGAUUUCAAGCAAGAGGUGACAAAGAUGAUCUGUAAAAUAGAGGGCACCCUCAGCUACAUGAUGGACGUGGUAACAAAACUUGAAACCAGAAGCAACCACGUGGAGCAGCGGCUGAGGGAAGAAGAAGACAGAGGCAUAGUACGGAACAAAGUACUCACAUUCUUGCUGCCGAGGGAGAAAGAACUGCGGGAGAAAUGUGCUGAUCUAGAGAGGAGGCUUUGGAGAAAAAAUGUCUAGGUAUAUAAAUCCUGAACGACAAAGGGCAAAAAUAAUAGUGUCGUACCUGAGAACUGCUCUGGACUCACAAGCAAGACUGAUCUUUGAAUACUAAGUGUAAGAGCUGAGCAGUUAUGCCAAAACCCUCGCUAUUUGGAAACCAAGCUAUAAAAAGAGGGUCUUUAUACCAUUCAUGAUUUUAUAUACCACUUCUUCGUUUGCUGUCUAAACUAAAUUGUCCUGAUCUUUUCACUCUCUCCUCAGACAGAAGACUGUCCUUUACUUUAUUUUGUUGCCCUUCUCUGCGCCCUUUCCCAUUUCUGCCACUGCUGCUAAUGAGAGUUGGGGGCAUUUGGAACCUGAAAGGAUCAGGCCUUAUACAUUUAGUGUUCUGCUGACAUCACAAAACAGGAGUGAUCUGUGUCCUCAGAUCCACCCCUUUGGAGGUGAUGUGUGUGUAGAGUCACGUGGGGCCUAAUUUAAAGCCUACUGACCUCAACAGACAUACUCCCAGUGACUACAUUGGGCUCUGGAGCGAGCCUUUUACUCCCAGUUACCCGUGCCUCAUCUCUGUAAUGCAGCAACUGACGCUGCAUUAUUGAGUUCAGUGACACAUGCAUGUAGAGGAGGAGAGAAUUUAACCCUAUAGAACAAGGGGGGCUUUGGUGCUAGUACAGGAAGUAACCUCUUUUCCCCAGCUCUGAUUUCCCUUCCAUCCUCCUAUACGUUAUUCCUUCUUGUUGUCUCAGACGACAUUGUCUGGCCCCAGUCUCUUCCUCUGAGUUUCCCAUAAUAGCAUAUAAAACAUACAAAAAUAACUCCAGUGUUGCUCAUUUUCCCCCUCAAUUCCAGAAUAAAUAGAAAAAGAAAAUUUAAAAAGGCAGCAGCAGCAAUGGAACAGAUCACAGAUGGUGAUUUUUUUUUGGUAACACUAUUUCUCUCUAAAGUUUUUUUUCCCUUUGACUCUGCGCAGGCUCCAUUCCUUUCCAUGCUCUCCCCCCCGGUCAGUGUGAAUGGUGCUGAUGAUGAUCUUAUGGAUAUUGAUUCCAUCUCACAAAAAUGUGUUGCAGCAAAGGGAAUUCACCCUGGUGACCUUCAGCUCGCUCUCUGCUAGGAAUCAGUGACGCACAAACAAAUGGCAAAAGCCAUAUGGACUGUGGGGGAAAGGGAAAAUAUUUGCUGGUCUCAUUUUAUGGGAUAUUGGACAAAUCUAGUUAGAUCCAAGUAUCCUAUAAAAUAAAAAACCUUAUUUCCAGAAUUUAUCAUCACGUCUCCAGUACCCUUUUAUGUAAAGAAAGGGUCUGAGUUCACAUUUUCUUAUUAUUAAUGGAGGGGAAAGGGAAUCUUGUAGUUGAAGAAUAGAUUUGGGAGUCUGAGGAUCUGGAUUCUGGUUCUGGUACUGCAUGACCUUGGAUAAGUUACUUAACUUCUCUGUGCCUCAGUUUCCCCAUAUGUAAAACACACCCCUUCAUAGGGGUGUUGUGAGACUCAGUUAAGCCUCACAAUCCCUAAAUGGAAGGCUCUAUAGACAGGAAAUUUUAUGGUACUGUACAAUAAAAUAUCUGGUAUGCAUAUAGCUAUAUGUGUGUUAGCUACAACAUCCAGGUCUGAAUCCAAACUCUUCCAAAGUUUGAGGGGGAUUUAAUCAAGAGUUCUGACUUAGGCCCAUUUUUCCUGUAGUUUUAAUAGUUACAGGUGAAUCAGACUUUAAGCUGUCUGAACUGUCUGCCUCAAACUUUGUGGGUUUAGAUAUAAUGGAAACCCUUCCUUUCCAGAUCACAACCGACUCUGGGAAUUGAUUAACAAACCCCAAAUGACCAUGUUUUUGCCCUAUCUCUUCAUCAGAUCCUUUUCCUUACUCAUAUAAAACAACCUAUAUUAAUUAUGUCUCCUUUCAUCGUGGAGAAUUUCAAACAACGUUGCAAACUGUGUCUCCAAUCCUAUAAGUGAAUUCAUGUGGACAGAUCCCUGUACCUGUACAGAGUCCCACUGAAGUUAGUGGGGACCUCUGCACACAUCCCAGGGCAAGAUCAGGGCAUAAAUACAUACAGUAACAGUAAAAUGCAGCCACAUCUGGGGUGCAGUGUGGUAGUCAGUGCACUGCACAACAGUGUGUGGAGGGGAAAUUUUAGCCAAAGCCACCAGCUGAAACCCUUCCUGUAACAGAAAUUGCCAUAGGAUCAUUAAUCUCUCUGCAAAGGCUUUGGUUUUUAGGUCUUAGGAAAAAGUCCCUCACAUCUCACAUUGUAAAAUGCAUGGACCUGAGGUUAUGUACCUCAGAAGGAUGAAGGGCUGAGUCAGAGUGCGUGGAUUCAAGCUGAUGUUUCUGGGAAGUCUAGAUGUUUCCAACCUGCACAUACACAUUUUCUAUUUAGAUUUGUGUUGUACCAAUGUGGGCUAACUCACAGGAUAACAGCAGGAAAAUAUUGUCCUGAAUUGGGGAAAAAAUUUUGGUGCUAUCUUGUAAAGUCCCUGAAACCAAAGACUGACAAUGAGAUGCACAAUGGAGGGAGCUGUUUGCUGGCCUCAGCCUUAACCCUGCAAUAUGGGGCAUGCAGGCAGACCCCUAUGCUGAAGUCAGUGGGGUCUGUGAGAGUAUACGUCUCCACCCUCAUCCAUUACACUGCAGGAUCAGGCCCAAUGUUUGUCACUGCUUUUGCUCUCUGGCCUGGUAGGUUUCUGCUUUAUUUUUUCCCUCUGGAUUUGGUAAGGAACGAAGUGUAUAAUGAGGCAGUAUAAUAAGUACAUAUUAAUUUUCUCCAUUUGCCUGUAGUGACCCCCAUCUGUUCCAGCCCCUGUACAGUGUUUUCAUCAUCAUCAUUAUUACUUUAGAAAAAACAAUUAAAUUUCACAAGAUGGAAAAACAAUGGGCAUUUUUCUAAUUCACCUUCAGCCUUCUCAUGUCUGUUGCUCCAAAUGCACCAGGAAUCAGUAUUCUGAUCAGGAGGGGUUUCAGGGGGAGUUAAGAUGUCUUCAAAUUGACUGUGGGGGCUGCCAUGUAAAAUUCGGGGCGGGGUGUGUGUGACCAAAAAUAAACUGGACAGUGCAGCUAAACAGGGAUUCCUUUAACUGGGGCUGCUCUAAUGGCUGGGGCAAUGCACUACACAUGUGCACAUCAAGGCAGGUAGCUGCAGCUGUGUGUGUAGCUGGCUUGAAGCAGGCAGGGAACCAGCUUCUAGCUAAUUCUCUGCCCCUAACUCAAGUGGGAGGGUGUAAGGCAGCCGUAUGGCCUACUUUGGGGAUCACUGAACUCAGCACUGCAGAGAGGAGCUGGCCUGGAGGCCCUGGCUUCCCUAGAGUUUGGAGAAUCAUGCUGGGUAAGUAAGGGACUGCAUGAGGGGAAGGAAGAAAUGAAAUGUGGGCAGGGUUUGGGGUCUAAGAAAAUGGCACCUGGGGAGGGAGGGGUGAGUCAAUGGAACCCAAGGGGAGGAGGAGUUGUUAUUUGGGCAGAGCCCAGAGUGUGUGGAGAUUUGCUGGGGCUGUGCAGAGUGUGAAUAUUGGGUGGCAGAGUAGGGACUAGGAGCAGGACUCUGAGCUGGUGUAUUGACUGGCCUGGAAGCCCUCUUUCUCCCACCCCUGCCCUAUGUGGAUUGAGAAGGGAAAUAUAUAAGGGGCUGCUUUAGACCCAUCCCCCUUCCUUAUCACCAUAAGGCAGUAGAGAGGAAAGGAAGGGAGAGAUGCUGGAGGGAUGGAAAUGGGAGAGGUGGAGAGAGAAUGAGCUGGGGAGGCAGGAUGCAGGGAGGAAGGGAGCUGGGAAGGGGAAGAGAGUUGUUAUUUACCUCAGUGUUUGGAAUAUAGGCUGUAAUCCAGUGGGGUUUCCCUCCACUCUCACUGUUGCAGUGAGAGCAGUCAGUGGGGUUCUCUUGUGAUUGCUUAAGAGAACGGUUUAAAAAACUUUUCAAGUGACCGUGUAUUUCAAAUAACAUCCCCUCAUGUAUUCUUAAUAGUGAAAGGGUUUGACUUGAGAUGGGAGGUAUGGCGCUUCCUGCAUAGCAGAAACUAUCCCCAGCUCUCAAGUACUUGUGAAGAACCAUGGCUGUUGUCUUUGAAAGGCAUCAGAUUGUACCAGACAGGCUGGAUUUUCAAAGAAGGCUACCAGGGCAGGAUGCCCUCUUAUUUGAUUUCCAUGAAAGUUUGUUUUUUCUGUGGUUCUCCAUCUCUCCCCAGAAUAAUUCAAAGACUAUUUUCACCAUCUGAUGGAUUAAGAUGUAGCAUUUGCAUUUGGAUCCAGGCUAAAUUCAGGCUGAGGCUUGGAAUUAGGAUUUGAGGGUGAGCAGGGCAAGGGUUUGCUGGUGCCAAAAUCUCAGCCCUAAAAGUGCAUCUGAACCCUCUCUGGAAAAUAGCCUAUCCGUGCUUGAAAAUAAACCUGUAGAGAUGGAUUUGGAAGCAGGGGCUUGAAUUUGAUACUUGCUACAGUUCUCUCUCACCCCCAUCUCUCCAAAUAGGGGAGGAGGGGUUAUUUCUGAUUGUAACAUUGGUGGUGCAGGGUCUAGAUAUUGGGUCCCACAAGAGAAACAAGGCACUCUGAGGCCUCUACAGAUUAUGAGGUUCAGAUGCUCCCUUAUUCACAUGUGAAGCCCUCUGGAACUCUGAUGUCAACUGACACAGGUACUCAGCCUGUCUGAAUGAUGUUUGAAUUGUGGCCCAGAGGCUAUGCACUCUAUUGCCUGAGAGAUCCUGAGACAGUGACCACUUAGCUCUUCCUUUGUAUAAUGACCAGUCCACCCACCAAAAUCACAGAACCCUUCCUUACCUCCACUUUACCUGGACGGGAAAGAAGUUAGGCCGAUGCAGACUUAUUUGUCACCAGCAUGAUCAUUUUCACUUCUGAUUGUAUGUAGACGAGCUUCCAGGCUUACUUAUUCCUAUUUGAAUUUAACACAUCUAUGCUAAACGUACCAUAUUAGACCUCUCCAGGGUGGAUCAAUAUUUAAUGCAGAAUUUACAAAGAUUGACUUGAGGACGCGUUUAAAAUUGGAGUAUUAGCCGCAGGUGGCAAUUUCUGAGAUGCAGCAGCAGAGUUUGAUUAUUUAGUGAGGUGGCAUUUUGCAAAUUUAAAAUAAUAUUUAGGAAUGUGGGGCUGGCUGCAGUGAUCUCGCUUCUUAAACUGUUAACUCUUCGAUUGUUUUGUUUAUAUUCUGUAUUAAACAAUGACGCACAAUUAAUUAUUUAUCUGCCAUGUAUGAUUGGUCCAGAUCCUCUCCUGGCCAUUGCAUUGCUCACCUUAGGUUAAGAGGUGGUUUGGGCAGCUCUGAAAUGAAAAACAACUCCAUGUACCUAGCUUUUCUGUAGCGCUUUUUAUCUGAUCUCAAAGCACUUUGCAGACAGGUAAUAAGUAUCAUUAGCACCAUUUUACAAAGGGGAAAAGAGGCACAGAAGGGUGAAGUGAUUUGCCUAACGUCACCUAGCAGGUCAGUGGCAGAAGAGGACUAGAAUAAAGAUAUCUCAAAUCCCAGUCCUAGCUCCCAUUCCUGUGCGUAAGCUCUGUGUCUAACUAUGGCAGCCGGCCAAUGCUACAUGCAUAUGGUUUCCCAUUGUCCCCUCCUGGGAAUUUGGUAGAGUCUAAUCCAAAAGAUUUGUUUAAAUGUCAAAGGCUUGGCUUUAUAAAUGCUACAGAUGAUAAGCUUGUAUCAUAUACAAUAUGAUCUUCACUGAAUUGCACUGACUGGAGAGAGAAUUUUCUGGAGUCCAAUGAACUCCAUCCCCAAAUCUACUCUAGCGGUGAAACACAAGUUAAAAGCGUUAAAUCAUUUGAACAAAUUUUCAUUAGCUGAUCAAAAACUCUGUGGAUGGGGUGUUGUUUUUUGCCCACUCUUGAGGUUUUCCUUUUGAAAACCGUAACUCUUUUUCCAGUAAGUAAUAUCUGUAUGGCGCUUUGAAUAUAUACCUCGUUAAAAGCGACAGAGUCCUGUGUCACCUUAUAGACUAACAGAAGUAUUGGAGCAUAAGCUUUCGUGGGUGAAAGUUAAGUAUUCCUGCUAAUAGUAGUAAAAGCAGGAGUUGCCCCAUAGAAAAUGGGUUUGUGAUGUUCCAGAAACAGACUUGAGAUUUUGCUCUGUGGAGAAUCUAUAUGCAAGAGAAAACUAAUAUGUAUGUAUGUGCAUAGUACGGAUAUUACUGAGGUAUAUGCAUAUGGGGCGCUAUCUAUAUCUUAAUACUUUAUAUAUAUCAGGCUAAUAUAUUUGCAGCCAGCACAUAUUUUUAUUGUUACUUGGCAUUCUCUGUGUCACUUUGUUAUUAGAAUCUUUGAGAAUUGGACCUGUCUUCUCUUCCCCUCACCCCCAUAAGUUCUUGCUGUGAUCUAUUAAUCUUUACUAAAGCAAUGAGACUUGGAUAGGAUAUUAUGCAUACACACAAUGCGCGCACACAUGCUAAUCAAAUUGCUGUUUUAUCUUGGCUUGGUAGGGCUGUGUGAGCUACAUUAAUAAGAGCUGACAGAUUUGAAAUGGCUGAUCCUAAAUUGAUUCAGAUUGUGAAUGCAGCAAUCACUAGAGCGACGAGGCCAUGGGAUUGAAUACAGUGACUUUCCAGUUUAUGGUCUGGAGCCUUUUUAUCUAAAGAUGUAAAGGACAGCUCCAACUAAAUCCAAAGAGUGACUUUUCUGUCCAGAGUACUGCAGGCAGUGAGUUCUCCCCAUGUCACACCCCUGCAUACUUCUAAAUCUGAAUUGAUUUUACUUAUACAGCAGAAAAAGAAACUCCACAGCAUAGGAUUGUUAGAAACCACAAGUGGUGGUACCUUCUACUUGUGUACAUAUGGUAUCUACAGUUCUCAUGAGUAUGUGAGAUCAAGACAUGAAUCGGUGGCCUGAGAAUUCUCAUGCUGGGAGAUAGGACGGCUUGUGGAUCUGCCCAGUUCUCUGGGUGACCUGGGAAAAUCACUGAGCCUAUUUCUGUUUUCCCAUCUGUAAAAUGAACGUGGCAAUAACAUCCUCCUCCCAGGGGAUGGCAGGAAACGGGGUGCGGUUGUGAGCAUUACUGUUUGUACAGUUAUUUGAAGAUGGGCCGUGAAAUUGGCUCAUCUUCAAAUAACUGUACAAAGUUAGGUAAAAUGAUUGACCUUCAUGUCAAGUUAUGAUUCCACCCAGUAGGGGGCGACAGUGAAUAUACCCUCUCUCUGGUAUGUGUGCUUGCUUUCUCUUGACCCCACCACCAUUACAGCCAAUUUUUGCCUGCUCUUGGUGUGAGUCUAGUGAUAUUUGGUGCUUUUUCAAGCCCAUGGAGUCACGUGACACACAUUAGAUUUCAUUUAAAAAAAAAAAGUAAGUUUCUAGCUCUCAUGAUUACAGAGAAAAGUAUGAAAAUGUGACAGUGCACUCUUAAGCUCAAAAAGCAGAAGGCAAAUAAAAAAACUCAGGCUUAUUAUUUUUAAGUUAAUUUCAUGACUUUGGGAGCCUGACUCAUGAUUUUUAUUUUUAUUUUUCAAUGCUUGGGGCUGGCAACACUGUACACAACAUUAAAUCCACUCACUUAUUGUAAAUAGAAUGCCUCCUAGUCUAUUAUCAGCACCCCUGCAGGUCUGCAAAUACAUUUAAAUAAAUGAUCCAUUAAAUACAUUUCUUAUGGGGGAAAGAUCCUGGUAAAUACUUGUACUAUGGGGGGAAAAUGAUCUUUUUUCUUAUCUAAUUGUUCUACUAAGAUGUUGCUCAUUUUUUGUAUAGCUAUAAAAAUUAAAGGCAGUUUGUUUCAUAUAUGGGGAUAGAGCACAACAUAUGGUAGUGACAGAGGUGUUCAUAAAUAUGAAUGUUUUCGUAUUUUAAAAAAGGAUGAAACAUGUUGCUAACAAACAAAUUGUCUGUUAUUCAGAACGCCAAUUAUUCCCACUGGAAAACAGAGCAUGCACAUCCCCCAACAGGUGUACUGUCACUGAGACCCCGCUUCAUGAAUAUGGAAUGACAAUUAGAUGUUUUAUUUAAAGCUUUGAUCGCCUAAGGAAAAAAGUCCAUUUAUUUUCCUAAAUAGUCUGGUUUCUCCCAACAUUGCAGGUGACUUGUUACUACUCUCUGUGAGUUGUAAGAAACUGAAAUAGCCAAGGGCUACCUUGGUAAAACACAACUCGGUCUAAAUCGAGACAGGAAAGGAUGCUCUUGGGGUUAGGCUGGGAGUCAGGCCAUCUUGGUUCAGUUUCUGGCUGUGCCAUGGAGUGAAUCAGUUGAUCUAUAUGUGCUCUGUUUUGGGGAUACUAAUACUUUUGUUCUCUGACCCUGGUCUAGCUUUCCUAUUUAUAUAGGAAGCUCUUUGGGACAUGGACUAUGUUUGUACAGUACCUAGCACAAUGGGGCACUGAUCGGUGGGUCUUUUAGAUGUAAUAUAAAUAAUAAAGAGCAAAUUAGUAUAAUUGGUUUCUCCUGCAUACACCUUGAUUUCUAGAGCACUUUAAUCUUUGACCUAUCUAUGCCUCUACAUGUGACUGUAGUGUAAAUGUUACAUAAUAAAACACCCAUGUAAUUCAAGAAACGAGGUUAGACCAUAGUUAUGCCAUGUAACCAACAGAGAGAGUGGAGCAUGGG